AAUAUUUAGGUUUUAUUAGUCUUGUGUUUUAUGAAACAGUUUAUUGGUGAUGAUUGUAGCCCGAGUUAACUCCAAAAGCUGACUUCACCCAAAAUCAGAUCACAGACGGAGGAGGAAGAGACGAGGGAAGUGCCGACUAUUGGAUGGAAUGCGCUACGACUCUACUUCACUUACAAUAAAGAAUUGUGUAGGGGGUAGGAAGUCUUGUGGGUCGUCUCUGUAAGACCACCGACAUAUGACACACUUUCAGGACUAGUGAAAACUAACCCGAAAAGUGCCAGCGUAGCUAAAAAGAGUGUAAAGUUGGUCUUUCGCAGUGGAUUUGCGCCAUAUGUGGGAGCAUUGGAUUUGGAUAUGGAAUGCUAGACUUGGUCGCCCCUCCUCUAGCGCGCAUUUAUAGACCACAUAACUUCAGUCUUGUUUGGAUAUUUGUUCGGUUUGCUUUGGAAAUCCGUUCACAUUUUUUCCUUCUUCCUCAAACCGUAAUCGCUGUCAGUCGGCUCCAUAGGAUAGGGUCGGCAAUGCGAUCUGUCCCCAACUCCAUUCUCUAUUUUUGUGCUUCCUUGUGCUGCCAAGCCCCUGACGUAAUGCUUCGUGUUAAUUAUUAGCAUGUGGGAAGCUAUGCCGAGACUCUCUGGUUGAACAAGAGCAACUGUAGGGAGGAAAAGUUAGUCAAGAUGGCAAAACACACCGACCCGGAGUGAAGGGGCACCGCUCCCCCCGAUUUUGGAAAAUUGUUGCGCCCGUCCAGUGACCAGGACCGCCGAUGCAACUCUGCCUUGAAGUCUUGGGUGCUCAGUCUCAGCGGAAAAUGCCUUCACCAGUGGCGGCGGAGAGGCAGUGACGACCUGUCGAGACGCGCCACUCCUGCUCCUCCUGCUCAGUCUCCUGCUCGCGGCACCUUCCGUGACCCCCAGUGCCUAAAGCGGUGGAGUGCAUUGGGGCACCCAGUGCAGAGGACCCCCCCUGAAACUCUCUCUCCCCAUCCCCACCACCAACCUCAUGUCCGGCCCUGUGCCGCGCUACGCCACGCUACACCACGCCGCGCCACAUCACCAGUACCCAAGCAAGCAAGCAUGACACUACAGCCCAGCACUAACUGAGCUGAGGAACUAAAGUGACAACCCUCUCAUGUGGCAAGAAGUGCGGGCCAGCAGGAAGGACGAGGCCUUGAAGCAGAGAACAGCACAGCACAGCACUUCAGAGCAGAAGACUGGAACCAGGACACGUACAAGUGUUUUGUUCUCUCCUGGUAACCCUGCUGGAGGCACCGCAGCACAACAAACCACAGAGCUCGGCACAGCACAGCAGAGCAGAGCCGAGCAGUGUUAUAAUCACCCCCCUCAACCCCAGUCCACCUCCAAGCUGCCUUGACCUGUCCUUAACCCAGCGCCCCGGUCAGCGCUGUCUGGCUUCUAGUUUCCCCGCCUCCUUUUAACACCAGCCUCACCCCCCGACCCCUACACACACACCUACACCCCCCACCCCACCCCACCCCAUUUCUCCUCCGCCGGUGCCCGUCCCGCGGACCAUGAUGUUUCGCGACCAGGUGGGCGUGCUGGGCAGCUGGUUCAAGGGGUGGAACGAGUGUGAGCAGACGGUGGCCCUGCUGUCUCUGCUGAAGAGGGUGAGCAAGACGCAGGCCCGCUUCCUGCAGCUCUGCUUGGAGCACUCGCUGGCCGAGUGCACGGAGCUGCACGUUCUAGAAUCGGAAGCCAACAACCCAGUGCUCAUCAGCCAAUGGCAGGGCGAGACGAAGGAGCGCGUGAUCUCAUUGGUGCUGACGCACCUGCCGCUGCUGAAGCCGGGCAACAUGGAGGCGAAGGGGGAGUACAUGCGCCUCCUCCCCAAGAUCCUGGCGCACACCAUCGAGCACGGACGCCACCUGGAGGAGAGCCGACAGCUCCUGUCCUACGCCCUCAUCCACCCGGCCACCUCCCUGGAGGACCGCUCCGCACUGGCCCUCUGGCUGAGCCACCUGGAGGAGCACGCUGCCUCGCGGGGAGACUCCUUGGAGAGGGCAGGAGGAGGAGGAGGAGGAGGAGGAGGAGGAGGAAGGGAUGGGGGAGUGACGAGUGUUGCUGGGCAGCAGAGCAGUGGGCAUCAGGUGGCACCCGGGGCGCACCUAUACGCGCCGCAUCACCAGCGGUACGGCUCUGACGACCGGCUGAACGGGUGGCAGGGGUCGCGGGACUCAGGGCUGGGCAGCUGGCAGCAGCAGGAGAACGGGCACCUCAGCCUCUACCCCUCCGCAUCCGUACCUGCCACCAUCAACACCGUGGGCACCGGCCAGUGCACCAGCACCAUGCUGUCUGGCGGGGGUGCAGGGGGGGGCAGCCAGCACAGUCACAGCCACAGCCACAGCCACAGCCACAGUCCCCUGAAGCGCUCGGUGUCUCUGACGCCCCCCAUGAGCGGGCCCUCGUGCCAGCCCCUCGGCCACGGCUGGCUCUCUCAAGAGGACCUGCGGGGCCGCGGCUGUAGCGCCGGGGGCUCGGGCUCGGGCUCGUGCUCCGGAGGGGGCGUAGGCUCCGGAGUGGGGGAUCACGCGCCCCUGUCCCCCCAGAGCAGCGUGGCGUCGUCGGGCAGCGGGGGCAGCGAGCACCUGGACUGCUGCUGCGGUGACGCCGCCGCCUCCGGCCUGGGCCUUGCCAUCCACGGCCUGCGCACCACCUUCCACCAGGAGGGCAGCGGCAUGCGCGAUGUGCCGGCAUGGCUUAAGAGUCUGCGUCUCCACAAGUACGCCGCCCUCUUCUCCACCAUGACGUACGACGAGAUGAUGUCACUCACCGAGGAACAGCUCGAGUCACAGAAUGUCACCAAAGGGGCGCGACACAAGAUCAUCAUCAGCAUUCAGAAGCUCAAGGAGAGGCAGAACAUGCUACGAUCCCUGGAGAAGGAUGUGCUAGAGGGAGGUAAUCUGCGUGCCCCUCUCCAAGAGUUGCACCAGAUGAUCUUGACGCCCAUCAAGUCCUUCAGCUGCGACGAGCCUUCCCAGCAUCCCCUGCUGGGCCCCGAGGCGGCGGGGAAGGCGGGGCUCCCACCUGGUUCCCACCUGGCCGGGGGCUCUCACCUGGGCGGAACGGAGGCGGAGUCUAGCACCAGCAUCAUCUCGGAGGGGGACAUACCUGGCCAGUUCACACGCGUCAUGGGCAAAGUUUGCACACAGCUCCUGGUGUCAAGGUCGGAUGAGGAGAAUAUCAGCUCCUACCUGCAGCUCAUUGAUAAGUGCCUAAUACACGAGGCAUUCACGGAGACCCAGAAGAAGCGUCUGUUGUCGUGGAAACAGCAGGUCCAGCGCCUGUUCCGCUCUUUUCCACGAAAGACGCUGCUUGAUAUGGCCGGCUACCGCCAGCAGAGGAGCCGUGGGUUUGGCCAGUCCAGUUCUCUGCCUACCGCGGGGUGCGUGGGUAGCGGGGUGUCAGCCCGUAGGAACCUGCGCCAGUUCGGGAUGCCCUCUCGCAGCCUACCCGGGGCACGGCUGGGGCUACUGGGCACCGCGGGGCUACUCGGACCAACCCCACGCAGCGCCAGCUCCACGCCCACGGGACUCAAACAGGGCCGACAGGGUCUCUGGUUUGCCAAUCCAGGGGGCAGUAACAGCAUGCCAAGUCGAAGCCACAGCUCAGUCCAGAGGACGCGCUCCUUACCCGUACACACCAACCCCAACACCAUGGUCAUGUUCCAACAAUCAGAUUCACAGUUGUCCGUGACUGAGCCAGAUAUCAACAACCGUCUGGAGUCUCUGUGUCUGAGUAUGACAGAACACGCACUCGGAGAUGGCGUAGACCGGACGUCCACCAUCUGAGGGCAGCAAGUGAGCGGAGCGGAGCAGAGCGAGGAGCAGAGAGAACCCAGGACGCCGGCGCUUCCCUGACCCCUGACCCCAGCUACCGCGAAAGGUCAACGAAAGGUCACCCAAGUUCACCAGAGGUCACUCGGAGUCCCCCAAACCCCACCCACCAUGCACCGACUGGCCAAUCAGCCGCCCUGCAUCCCCACCCUGCACACGCACAAGCUCAACAGCCAAUGGGAGGUGGAGCCCCGGGUAGGGGGUGGACCCGACCAAUGACGUGUGAGCUAGAGAGAGAGAGAGGGAGGGUCCACCACUGCUACCGCCAUGUCCCCACCAGCUGCACGCUCACAUACACACAGCCAAGCCAUUUCAGCACACCUCACUUCACUACACGUGUGUCAAUGCUGGAAUGCAGAGCGUCACUACAUAACACAGCGCAGCACUACACGCAUGUCAAUGGAGACAGUGUAUUCACAUCAGAGGUACACUCACACACACACACACACACACACACACACACACACACACACACACACACACACACACACACACACACACAUACAAACAGGCAGGCAGAAACACAGACAGACCAGGGUCACCAUGAUGACUCGUGAUUGGUCCUCCAGGAGGAAGUGACUUGUGAUUGGGAGUGACAUCAUUGGAGUCGGAGGGAGAAAGACUCGCUGGUCUGGACUUUAGUGACAGGGUGUUUUUGGGGGAUCACUUUGGGGUCAGGGGGGGCUGAAGGCUGGCCACAGUGCCCACUCCCACAUAUAAGAACAAACACACACACACACACACACACACACACACACACACACACACACACCCUACCAGUCAUCUUCAUGUGUACACCUGUGCCUAGUGAAAAUGAGCACUAUGUCAUGUUAGCAUUGCGCUAAUCACUGAACACUAAACAAGAAGAGUGUCCAAGUUGAGAAACAAACACACAUACACAAACACACACACACACCCUACUAGUCAUCUUCUCAUAUAGCCCUACAGUACACCUGGGCCCAGUGAAAACUAGCACUAUGUCAUGUUAGCGUGCGGCGCGCACACACACACACACACGUAACAGCUGAGGCUACUGGCUAGUUGGUGUGUAAGUGGCUUCAGUGUGGCAUGGCUGAGGGAGAUCAUUCGGCUCUGUAUAGGUGCCAGACUAGUAUAGCUUUUUAUACAAACAAUAUAUGGUGUUUACAUUAGCAUGCUACUUUAAAGGGUACCGGGAGAGGGUUUUUCAAGUUCAGGUAUGGAUAUUUUAUUUUUAUAUACACCACAUGUAUAUAUCACCACGACAACACACAAAUAUUCAAAUGGUUUCCUCAAUCGUAAUCAGCUGUUGUCAUAGUUUACAAUUCAGUGGGUUUCACAUCAGCGAUGGAUCCUUUAAUUUUGUUUUUUCUGGCUUUCUGUGAAGGAGGAAGUGAUGUCGUACUGAUGAGGAAGAGUACAGUCGCAGGACAGGAAGUGAUGUAAGUGUAGGCCUAUGUUGCCGAAGGAUACAGAAGGGAAUGAGGAUGUUGACGUUUUUGGAUUUUUAAAGCUUGGUUUUUAAAAAUCGGUGAGGACUAAGAGACGUUUUAUGGGUCGAGUAUGUUUUGUUGGUUUGCGGUGUGAUAAGACGUAGUCAGAGGUGUGGAGAGAGAGAGAUCUGGGAUUUGAAGUUGUGUAAAGUUAAAGAAAUGGAGUUGUGUCGUUGGUAUAAUCACUGUCUCCCUCUCCAGAGUUUGUGUUCAUUCUUUUUUAACUUUGGGGUUUUGGAAAUGUUUUUCUCAUGACUGGAUUUAGCUGUGCAGAGUUGUUAGCAUUGUUAAAGAGGUGGUCUAGCACACCUCACCUUGCCGCAGUCUUCUCUGGAGAGGGGAUGGGGCAUCAUGUCAGCUGCUUGGCUGUCAUAGCUGUACAAUAGGGCUAACUCUCUGUGUGUGUGUGUGUGUGUGUGUGUGCGUGCGUGCGUGCGUGCGUGCGUGCGUGUGUGUGU